GGCUAGCGCGAGGAGCAUUCAACGCCGGUUGCAUGCUCCUCCUGGUUUAAAGUUCUCAUUUACCUUCAUUUCGCCAUAACAACUCUCCAACUUCAUCACACUUACUCUUCAACCAUAGGUACUGAUCAUCGCGUCAAUGUCACAUCAGGAAUGAGAUUUGAGUUCGUGAUAUAAAGGGGAAUUGGCCAGGUUCUCAUUCUUGGAUGGCGAGCUACAGAUUAAACCUCAAGCCUAAAUCUGGAGACUUUUUCUAUAAGUGAAUUGCACCUGCUCUGGUUGGGCCAGUAUCAACAUGGCCGUGCGACUGUUUGAAGACAAGGAUCACGCUGCGAAAUACCUCAAGUACAGAGUGACCCCCAAUGAGGUGGUCAGCGAGAUCAUGGGGCUGCUUAAGAAGAGGAUGCCGCUGCCUGGCAAACUAGCCGUAGAUGUGGGCUGUGGGUCCGGGCAGGGCACCGUUCUCCUAGCGCCAUAUUUCACCCAAGUCAUCGGGACAGACAUAAGCCCCGCCCAGCUCGAGAAUGCACAGGUCAAUCAGAAGUGUGACAAUGUUUCAUACAGGCAGUGUCCAGCGGAGGAACUCCCGCUUGAGAGCGGCUCAGUGGACUUGGUGACCUCCAUGACGGCGGCGCACUGGUUCGAUCGGCCACGCUUCCUGGAGGAGGCGGGGCGUGUGCUGAGGGGCGGGGGCUGUCUGGUUUUGCUCUCGUACGCCAUGGACAUGUACCUGGAGUACGGAGAUGUCACCGAGAAACUCAAACAAGUCUGCAAAGAGUGUUACACCGCCCUGAUUCCGUACCGAAACCCUCACCUCGGCUCCGAAACAAUACAGAUCUACAAAGACAUGCUUGACCUGUGCCCCUAUCCGGACAAAGAGUGGCACGAGGGUUUGGACGUGAGGAAAACCAUCACUGUGAACGGAUACAUCAGCCUGGUACAAACUUUUAGUCCGUAUCGGACAUGGAUGGAAACUAAUUUACAAGAGGCUGAGGAAAUGUCCAAUCGCAUACGCAACAAGUUGCUGGACAUUUUGCAGGUUUCAUCUCCUGAAACUGAAGUUACCCUGGUCACAAAGUACUUCUACUGGAUCGCGUGUAAACCUUGACCCUCAUGUGCACCACUCCGGUUUUGAGAUUUGAGAUUGUUUUCAGAGCAUCAGUAUUUGUAAAGUUCCACAAACAUUCCCUUUGAUUAUUUUCACAAUAACUCAACAAUUAUACACAUUACAUUAGUAAACAGCUACAGUUACUAAAUAUAAUCAAUCAAAAGCCUGUGUUGUUGUUUUUUCAUUUGAUGUGUUGAUGUGUUUAUUGUACUCACUGUGAAUCUGAACGAUUCAACUUAGUAAUACAAUUUAUGCCUGAUAAUCCAAAUGUAUCAAUCAUUUAGGGUUCAGUAUGUUGUAUUUGUAUAUAUUUUAUGCUGUCCAAUAAAAUCUAAAAUCAUCAUGUCU